AUGUAUCUCGCCGCUAGGGGUAUCGAGGGCAUCACGGGGUGGACGGAGAAGCAAUGGAACCGCAUCGACAUAGCAGGCAAAGGAGGGGGAGGAAUGGAUGAUUUGUUUUCUCUUCUGGGGGCUACACUUCUCAAGUUUCUUUUUCGACCAACGGCAAAGAAAUUCAUGGAAGAGAGAGCAAGACGUACAUUGAUAUCGUUGGAUCCGACUGGUCCAAAGGGUCCCGAGCUCGUGACGCCGAAGGAAUACAUGGAUAAGAUAGCAGCGACGGUGCUGGACCCAGAAGUCUUUUCCGCGUAUAUAGAGAUUCUCAAGGAAAACGGCAUUUCAAUGGACGAAAAUACGCUCAAAUCUUUACUUAAAGAAGCCGGUCAACAGGCAGAAAGAGAGUCCGAGCAGGAGGAACUGGAUUGGAAUAAGGAGUUUUAUGAUGACAUCAAAGACCUUGAAACGAAGGUGUUUGCCGAUUCAGAUGCAGUCAAGCUGCUGAAAUUAUACAACGCAGCUGAAAGCCAGAAUGCCCCAGCUUUAUCUGGAGACAAGGACAGUACGGGUCCAGACAAUGACAACCAGAGUAAAGAACAACAGCGCGUGGAAAUGUCCUACAGGGUAUUCGCUGGCAAGAUCCUGGUAGAGGCCGGCCUCCAGACUCUCAAAUAG